AAGGAGGGACCCAGACUGCAGUGGGGCGGCCCCGCCCUCCCCGGGGUGUGCACCUCAUCCCUGUGUCACCCGUCAACCUGUUUGGCCAGGCCCGGGCAGGUCUGAGGAUGGGUGGGGAGCCCUGAGCCGCCCCACCUUCUCUCCUCCUCCUCCUCCGCCGCCCCGCCCUGGGCCUGGCGCUCAGGCCUCGCUGAGCUGGGCCACCCGGGUGCCCGAGGCCAGGAGAUCGGGGGUCUCUAGGGGGUGGCCCCUUCGCGCCCGGCUGCCAGGAGGCCUCCCCGGAGCCGACCGGGGGGGGUGCCCUCCCCAAGGGGGCCGGGGCCAUGCCGCCUGGCGCCCUCUGAGGCCCCGACCAUGGCCCGCUCGCUGACCUGGCGCUGCUGCCCCUGGUGCCUGACUGAGGACGAGAAGACAGCCGCCCGGAUCGACCAGGAGAUCAACAAGAUCCUCCUGGAACAAAAGAAGCGGGACCGCGGGGAGCUGAAGCUACUGCUGCUGGGCACGGGCGAGAGCGGGAAAAGCACGUUCAUCAAGCAGAUGCGGAUCAUCCACGGGGCGGGCUACUCCGAGGAGGACCGCAAGGCCUUCCGGCCCCUGGUCUACCAGAACAUCUUCGUGUCCAUGCGCGCCAUGCUCGAGGCCAUGGACCGGCUGCAGAUCCCCUUCAGCAGGCCCGAGAGCAAGCACUACGCCAGCGUGGUCAUGAGCCAAGACCCCUACAAGGUGACCACGUUCGAGAAGCGCUGCGCGGUGGCCAUGCAGUGGCUGUGGAGGGACGCCGGGGUCCGGGCCUGCUAUGAGCGCCGGCGGGAGUUCCAGCUGCUCGACUCGGCCGUGUACUACCUGUCCCACCUGGAGCGCAUAACCGAGGAAGGCUACAUCCCCACGGCGCAGGACGUGCUCCGCAGCCGCAUGCCCACCACCGGCAUCAACGAGUACUGCUUCUCCGUGCAGAAAACCAACCUGCGGAUCGUGGACGUCGGGGGCCAGAAAUCAGAACGCAAGAAGUGGAUCCACUGCUUCGAGAACGUGAUCGCCCUCAUCUACCUGGCCUCGCUGAGCGAGUAUGACCAGUGUCUGGAGGAAAAUAACCAAGAGAACCGAAUGAAGGAGAGCCUGGCCCUGUUUGGGACCAUUCUGGAACUGCCCUGGUUCAAAAGCACCUCCAUCAUCCUCUUCCUCAACAAAACCGACAUCCUGGAGGAGAAGAUCCCCACCUCUCACCUGGCUACCUACUUUCCCAGCUUCCAGGGCCCGAAGCAGGACGCGGAGGCGGCCAAGCACUUCAUCCGGGACAUGUACGUCGGCAUGUACGCCGGCUGCAUGGACGGCGCCGACGGGGACCAGAAGGGCCUGCGCUCCCGGCGCCUCUUCAGCCACUACACGUGCGCCACGGACACGCAGAACAUCCGCAAGGUCUUCAAGGACGUGCGGGACUCGGUCCUGGCCAGAUACCUGGACGAGAUCAACCUGCUGUGACCCAGGCCCCGCCGCCCCCGGGCUCGGACCGCACAUGGCAGGCGGGACCUGCGGGCGAGUGGGCAGGAGGUCCGCCCGGAUGCCCCUUGGGGCUCCAGCCCCAGGCUCAGGUGGCAGAAGGGCCACGAGAGAGUCGGAGAUGGAAAGCUGGUCGCCGCCCAGUCCCUGCUCUGCCUCCCUUGACUCAGUUUACCUCCCUGGAGAGGGAGCACUUGGGAUGCCAGGGUGGAGGAAAAGGUGAAGAGAGCAGGGGACUGAGGACUUGGUGGGUGGAGGACAGACCCCACAGCCGGGUAUGUCCACUCCUGGGCCGGGGUAUGUCCCCUCCCUGGGACCCCCUGGGGGUGAUGCACACGCCCCAGGACCGGGGGAGUGGUCCUCCAGGCGGAGGGAUGUGGACUCUGGCGCCCCCUAGCGGACAGGAGGCGACACCUUCCAGCCUGAGGCCUGGGUACCGCUGGCACUUCCCUUUUCUGCGGGGGAAGACACCCCUGGAAGACGCUGCCCUUUCAGAGCCUCAUGGUUCCAAGUGUGUCCUGCCCCAGUUUGCAGACGAGGGAAACCGAGGUCCACAGGCAUCCCCGCUCUUUCCCAGGCUGGGAUCCAGGCUCCCUGCAUCUUAACAUCCUUUGGUAUUUAUUCCCUCACCUUCUGCUGGGCCCCUUGCCUGGGGGACAUUAAAGGAUGACAUUCUGGA